AGGUGCUGAGACGACACACACACACAUGGUCAAUGUGGAUGAGAUGCACACACACAUCUUCCUAUCACAAGAGCAAUACAAGAAGUUUCCCAUUUACACCCUGGUGGUUAAUGGCCAAAAUGUACAUUUUAUGGUGGACACGGGUGCCACCCAUUCUGUUAUUCAGGAUGGUGUCCUCACUCCCGCCCCAGGACUGAGUGGGGAUUCCAUCCUGUCCAUAUCGGCAUCUGGACAUCAGCAGAGGGAGCGGUUUACGGUUCCAUUAACCUGUUCACCCUCUACAGGAUCGCAGUUCACUCAUAAAUUUCUCCUCUCUAAAUUAUGCCCGAUCAAUUUGCUGGGCAGGGAUCUGAUGUGUCAACUCAGGCUCACGGUUGUGUCAGGACCUGAGGGGUUGUCUAUUUCGGGACCCCCCACUGGCCCUGAGGAGGACAACAUGAGCACACUCACAAUGGUCAAAUAUUGCCCUUUGACCCCAAACUAUGUGUACCAAUGGAAGAUUGGUCAACAACCGACAAGUUUGCAUUGGCUGGAAUUAUGUCGGGCUAGAGUGGCGCCCUCCUCAGUUUUCAUGGAGGCGGCAGAUUUGCACUGCACGUCUUAUUUCUGUCGUGAAGGUCCAGAUGACGAGUAUGAGGAGCAGUUCUUUAAGCAAACACAUGAUAGACUCAUCCUUCAGUGCUUGGUGUGGGACAAAUCUUUCUGUGCUCUCUCGGUCCAACUCACACCGACUCAGAGUCCCUUAUUUCGAGGGUGGGGAGGUUCCUCACCUCACAUUUCCCUGGCUCGACCGUCGAACCGGGCUUGGAAACACUUAGGGGCAUUUAUGCUGAAGGCUUCCAGAGCUAAAGAUUGGGAGCCCACUUCUGACCCACAUGUUUUAUACUCCUCAUCAGCUCGCGUGUAUUGUCAAGCACUCCCUAGUGCUGUUCACUGUCAGCGUACUGUGCGGCUGGAGUGCCAGUAUGAUUCACUUCUCUCUCUCUCUCCUUGUGCCUCUCCCUCCACAACAGCAGCCCUUGACUCGCUGCCAAAGCAGCUGUGGGCUGAAAACAAAUAUGACGUCGGACUGAUAAGGGGGUGUGAGCCUGUCGUCAUCACACCCAAAUCUUCUUUCCGGCCCUGUCAGAAGCAGUAUCCGCUGAAACAGGAGGCCGUGGCAGGCAUAACUCCUGUGUUUCAUUCGUUGCUAAAAGCAGGGGUGAUUGUGCCCUGCCCCUCCUCACCAGUGCGCACUCCGCUGUUUCCUGUGAAAAAAAUUAGGGGCCCUGGUGAACCAGUGGAGUGGCGAUUUGUUCAGGAUCUACAAGCUGUGAAUAGGGCGGUGGUCCCCAGGUCUCCCACCGUUCCUAACCCGCACACCAUUUUAUCUCAGAUACCGUCCACAGCUACGUUUUUUUCUGUGAUUGACCUGUCAAAUGCAUUUUUCUCUGUUCCAGUUCACCCGGAUUCACAGUACUGGUUUGCAUUUGAAUUCGAAGGGAAACCGUACACCUUCACACGGCUGUGUCAAGGUUAUUGUGAGUCUCCCACUAUUUAUAAUGCAGCACUGCGUGAUUCUCUCUCCUCCCUUGUGCUGUCCCCAGGUUCGGUCCUUCUGCAGUAUGUGGAUGAUCUCCUGGUCUGUGCGCCUACGGAGGAGCAGUGUCAAACUGACACACUUGCAUUGUUGCGUCAUCUUUGUGAGCAGGGUCACAAGGUCAGCAGGAAGAAACUGCAGUUUGUUCUCCCCACUGUCACCUUCUUGGGGCAUGUGAUCUCCUGCUCCGCUCGGAAGCUGUCAGACUCUCGCGUUGCUGCGAUACGCAACAUUCCAAAACCCGUCACUAAGAAACAAAUGAUGUCCUUCUUAGGCAUGACUGGUUAUUGUAGGAAUUUUAUUCCUAACUAUUCAUUUCUUGAGUCCCCUCUUACCAGGUGUAUCUAUGGGUCACACCUUGCGGCGCAAGAACCAGUCCCGUGGACCACGGAGGCCGAGGCUGCAUUUGUGGCUUUGAAGGAGGCCCUCCUCUCUGCUCCGGCUCUGGCUCUGCCUGAUCCAACCAAACCAUUCACACAGAUGGUGGAUGAGAAAAAUGGCUUCAUGUCAUCUGUUCUUUUACAGGCUCAUGGGGACCUGCUUCGUCCGGUGGGGUACUACUCCUCGCGGCUAGAUGCGGUGGCUGCGGGGCUCCCACACUGCCUGCGUGCUGUUGCGGCGGCGGAGAAGGCGGUUUUGGCAUCCAGAGACAUAGUGGGUUAUUCUCAGCUCACUGUUAUGGUACCACACUCUGUGUCGGUCAUUCUACUUGAACAGCGUACCUCGCACCUCUCUGCGGCGCGUUGGCUCAGGUAUACUACUGUUUUGCUGGACAUGCCUAACAUCACUGUUCAGCGGUGCACCAGGCUUAAUGCGGCAACCCUCCUCCCCACUGAGGAAGAUGGGGAGCCGCACCAAUGUGAUCAGGUCUUGUCACAGGUCUGCACCCCGCGGGUGGAUCUUUCUGACUCUCCUUUGCCUAAUUCUGAUCUCAUCUUGUAUGUAGAUGGCUCCUCCUCUCGCGAUGUGACCGGAAGAAACCGGGUGGGUUUUGCUGUUUGCUCCGAUCACGACACCCUGGUGUCCGGCUCCCUUCCGGCUCACUUCUCGGCUCAGACUGCGGAGCUGGUGGCCCUCACUGAGGCCUGUAAGCUCUCCAGGGGGAAAACUGUCACCAUUUACACGGACUCUCGCUACGCCUUUGGCGUGGUGCACGACUUUGGUGUCCUGUGGAAGCACAGGAAUUUUCUGACAUCUGGUGGUAAACCGAUCCUGAAUGCAUCUCAAGUUUCUGAUCUGUUGGAUGCUAUUUUGUUACCCUCUGCUGUUGCUGUUGUGAAAUGCUCUGCACACACAGGCUCUGCGGAUUCAGUCUCCAGGGGGAACGCUGCUGCUGAUGCAGCUGCCAGGCGGGCGGCGAGUGCACCUCCGGCUCCUCAGCUGACUGUUGCUGACUCCGAGGCCCCCUCAGCUUCUCUUGCUGAGGUUCAAUCGCUGGCUACGCCUGAUGAUCGCCGGCUUUGGUCCUCGAGCGGGUGCAGGUUCGCUGACGGGGUGUGGGUGUCUUCGGAUGGACGUCCCUGUCUCCCUCGCCGCCUCUUCCCUCAUUUUGCUAAGCUUGCUCAUGGUGUUGAUCAUGUCUCCAAGGGGGGAAUGGUACAACAGGUCACAUCUUUGUGGUUUACCAGGGGAUUCUCGGUUGUGGCGGAGCGGCACUGUAAGACAUGUUUGGUGUGUGCAGCUCACAAUGUCGGCCAUGUCCGGCCUGUGGGGAGCGCUGCUCACCCGCCGUCUGAGUUCCCUUUUGACCACCUGAUGAUGGACUUUGUGGAACUGACUCCUGCAGAGGACUCUGUUUCAGAUCAGGCAAACCGUGAAGGAGGCUCUUCCGCGCCCGGCUGAAGGCCCUCUACACCGACUGAACCCAGGGGACUGGAUCCUGGUGAAGGACUUCCGCAGGAAGCACUGGAAAGCCAGACGGUGGC